CCUCUCCUCUCCCCUCAAAACCAGGCUUAACUGUUGCACUGCUGACUUGCUGCAGCAGCAGUGGCACGCUGAGCUCUUCAGUUCGCUGCUGCCUGCUGCCCUGCUGCCAACCUGGGCCCAACGCUCCCCUCGCCCAGGAAUUUCCAGUACAGCCUGCUCCUGCCCGCCUGGGGACGCUGGCUGGUGCUCAGCCUGACCCUGCCAAGCCAGAUGGCUGUCCUGUCUUUUGGAAAGAGAGAGCACGUCUUUUGCGGGGGUGGGGUGCUGGGGAAAGGGUAGGUUCCUGACUAGGCCAGCUGGGUGGGCUUUGUGGCCUUGCCCCACCUGGCUGCGACCCUCUGGAAGCCCACCAGCACUGGGAGCCCACCACUGCUUGGAGCACACCACCACUGAGAUCCCACCACCCCUGGGACCCCACCAUCGCUGGGAGCCCAUCACCACCAGGAGCCCACCACUGCCUGGAAGCCCACCACCCUUGAAAUCCCACCACCCCUGGGAGCUUCUGGGCUGGGGUGGCAGUGGCUUGGCAGAGGUGCAGGGCAGAGCCCUGCCAGUUUGCCCCCCCUGCUCUGACCCCUCUGUCUGGCCCAGGUCCCAUGCCUGUGGGUGGCCGGAGGGUGUGCAGCUUGCAGGAGGAGGUUGGCAGGGACAGAGCCCCAUGCUGCCCUGCACAAGCAGUGCUCUUGUUCGCCCUGACUGGACCGCGGGCAGUGCUGGCAUGGGGACGGGCAGAUCCACCCUUUGUUUGCUUUUGUGGCCCCGACGCCAGGCCUGCCCUGCCGCAGGGAUGUGGCGUCACCAUGUUGGCUUGGCUGAAACCCGCAUCCCGCCGAGGCUGCUCAGUGCCCUGGGGGUCUGACACCCUCUGCGGGGACAAACACGGGUUGGGGAGGGAAAACUGUCCCCGAGGGGUGUGUGGUGCCUUCGGCAGGGCCCUGGGACUAGUGGGGCUGGCAUCAGCAGUGGGGCUGUGGUGCGAGGAAUGUGCUGGCCUGGUCCGGGCAGGGCGCUGGCAGGGUACAGCAUCUGCCAGCAGUGCUGUGUGUCACCACUGCCCUUCGCUCUGCCUAACCUUGGGGCGAUGGCAAACAAGCUGGGAGAGGCCAGGGAGAGCGCUGCCUGCCAGACACCUGGGCAAUGAUUAAGCUGGAGGCAGCAGGAAAGCCAGGGGUGUGAGCAGGGGAGGGCACAGGUUGCUGCCCCAGACCUUGACAGGGCUCUGGGUGACGUGGGCAGCUGCAUGCAGGGUCCUAUGUGUGCGCCCUGGGCGUGUUUCAUCUUCGAAGGGUGCUCAGGGGUGCAGAGGGUUGUGCUGUGUGAUUGCCACCCACCUCCUGCGUCUGGAGUGUGGGUGGUGAUGCAUGGCUCUGGCUCAUCUGGAUCAGACCUUUGCGCUCCCCUGAAGGUGCCACACCCUGCCCUGCUGUGCUAAAGGUCCCUGCAGCUCUUGGGGAUGAGUCCUGGGAACAGGAAAAGACAUUUCCCACCCAUGCGUGUCGCUGCUGAUUGCAGAUACACCUUCCCUGUGCCCGGGUUUGGGUGUUUUGGCAGGGCUCAUGGAGCCCAGCCAGGGCUGAAGGCUGGUUUCAAACAGCAUGCCCCUUUGGUGUCACCCUGCGUGGCUUGGCAGAUGCACAGCCCACCAAGGGCUCCCCCCGCCCCAAGCCCUGCCUGCGGGGUGCAGAGUGGGUAAGCUGGGGUGCACUGCCCUGCACCAGGGACUUGCAUGCAAUGGGCAGAAGUGGCCGAGGGCAGCUGGGCACAACCCCUCGAUGGGACGCAGCUCUGCUGGCACCUGGGAGGGGGACACGAGGGCUGACGGGCAGGGGAUGCGCCGGGGCUGGAGUGGGGUAGGAGAGCAGGCAGGGUGCAUGAAUGUGUGUGUCUGCACAUUUCUGCAAGGAGGGGCAGCCAAGGGGGGGGUCACUGCCCCUGGGCAGUGCCAGAGGUACCCCCAGUUGUGCAUGGAGCCAAGCCCAUCCCUCUCACCCGUAUAGUCUUUUUGGGCAGGGCUUCCCAUGGCCCAAAGGGACCGACACCUGCUUGCUCCAUACCUCGCCCUGCAGCAGGUGAGUCAGGCCACCAACGUGUACUUUGGGUGGGAGAGUGACUUCUUGCCAGCUUUGGGACAUGCCUGGACAUCCCCCGGCAUCCAGCUGCCUGCACACCUCUGGGCACACGGCCUUGGAGGGAGCACGCUGUGCCCACCUGGACGCCAGCUCUGCCCUGGCUACUGGCAUCCAGGGUGCUGCCACCCACCCCCCAGGCAUGCAGGGUGGUACCCUGAGAUGCCAGGGCACAGCAGGAAUCCCACGCAGCUGGUUCCUGAUCUGCCCAGGGCACACAGCCCUUGCCCCCACCUCUGCCAGUGGCUUUGGCCAAAACCGAGGUCGCCGGGACAGCCCUGUCCCAAGCUGGCUGCCCUGCCAUCCCUUGCCUGCCGCCAGCCCAGCAAGGAGAGGAUGAAACCCUGCUGUGGGGUAGCAUCCCUGUGCCUGGGGACCCAUGGGCACAUGCACCCCGUGUGCACUGCCUGGAGAAACCUGUGACUGUGGAUGUAUCAGGAUCCUCUGUCAGGAUAUGGCCACUGUGGCCCCGAAAGUGCUGUGCUGCCGGCUCUGCUGCCUUGCUCCCGAGCACCGGCGCCAAGGGGUCGAGUUUUCUGCAGAGCCCGGUGACCCUGUGGCUCUUCCUUUCCAAAACCCCCAAUUCUUGGUGCCGAGGAGUGCUGGAAACAUGGCCCGAGGGCUGCUGAAAUGUUUGGUAAACAGGCAGCACAGGAGAGCACUGCCUGUCUCCCUGCCUGCAUUGCUGCCUGCUCCUGCCUGGAGUAGGAGCUGCUGCCCUCUCCUGCUCCCACGCAGAAAUGCUACUGGGUGUCCUGGCAGUCCAGCCCUGGCUCCAGCAUGUGCUUUUCUCCUCCAGGAUCCUGGUCCAGGAUCCAUCCCCCUACCACACUCCCCGUUUUAAGUCUUCCCCUGCCCAGAGCACGCUCUGUGUGGAGGCUGUGGCAUUGCUGCUGGACCAAGGGCCGGGCAGGGGGCUGGCAGCUGCGCGGACUCUGUCUGCCACCGCCCUGGUGCUGUCACCUCUCCUGGAUCAUGCAUUGUCAUGAACCUUGCAGGUGUCACCGAGGGGUGCUGGGCUCUCCCCAGCCUGGUGAUGAGCAUCGGCCCUGGCAGAGCCAAGGGUAACUCAGCCUGCAACGCAAGAGCCUGCAGCCCCAGCUGGAAGAGCAGGGCAGGUCACGGACACAUCUGUGGCAGCGGUCACCAUCAGGCACCGGACGAGAAGCACAACCCCAUGUGUGGGCACUGCCAGCUUGGACCAGGCUGGAACCCCAGUGUCCCUGUGCCAGCCCCAGCCCUUCCACCCCCGCGAGCCUGGAACCUCGCUGCGCCCUCCUGCUCCGGUCGCAGCCGUCCCCGCAGCCUGGACCACCUGGGGAUGUGUGGGCUGGAGUGUGAUGGAGUGACUCUGCUGGCCAACAUCUGCCCAUAUGUUCUUGGCCAUGGGGGGUGGCCGAGGAUGUGGAAGACUCUGCCACUGCUGCCCAGUUGUCCAAGCCCUCUCUGCCCACAGUGAAGCCCAGAGUUCCUUGGCCUUAUGGGGACAGUUUCUUCUGCUAAUGAAGCAGAGACGGAUGGUUAAUGACCACUCCCGGGGCUUAGAUUUCAGAGGUCUUUGUUAUCCGGGUGCUUGUAACCCAAUCCCCCAGGCUUGGCUUCCUGGCAGCAGAUCCGAUAGCGUGCCUGUCCCUGAAAGGUGAGCCCCUUCCCACUAUCACAGCCACUAGCAGCCGCUGCGACCUGGCUGGGGAGCUGCUGGCGACUCGGGCCCCCGAUGCUCCCCAUGGGACUGCUACAGCACCCCGGGAGGGCACAGCCCUUCUGCCACCUACCCUGAGGCCCUGGGGGAGCAUCUCAGGACAGCAUGUCCCAAGCCGGUGGCAGCCCCCGGGCAGAGGAUGCGGGGCUGUGUGUCAGGGUGCACUCGAGCCGGGGCAGCCAGCGGGUUGAGUGCAUCAUCUGCUACUCCUCCUACGACCUGUGUGGCCGGCUGCCGCGCCGGCUCUACUGCGGCCAUACCUUCUGCCAAGCCUGCCUGAAACGCCUCGACGCCGUCGCCAACGAGCAGCGCUGGAUCCCCUGCCCACAGUGCCGCCAAAAUACGCCCACGCCGCGUGGCGGCGUUGCCAUGCUCGACCUCGACCUGGCCACCUUCCUUGCUGUCAAGGCUGACAAGGAGCAUCCCCGAGUGGCCGGCAGGUCCCAGCCUGACUCGGCCACCAAGGGCUCAUGCAAAGAGAAGGCAGUCACCCAGCAGCCGGCAGGGCUGUGCCAAGAUGCGGUGCCUCCGGCGCCGUUCCCUCGACACAGCUGCUGCCAGCUCUGCCUGUGCUGUGGGGUGACGGCGGCCUUCGAGAGCUGAGCACGAGGAAGGGGCUGCUGGCAGUGUGAAGGCAGCUGACCUUCUGGGGUGCAGUCUGGGACCAUUUUUGGGGACCCCACACCAUGCCCCAGGCCCACGUGUGGACAGUAGUGAAGGGGCUGUGCUGGCAGGCUGGGAAGGGCUUCAGCUUGCUCAGGGCUUGCUGUCCAUCCUGCCGGGAUUUGGGAUGCAAUGGGGGUGGGGGGAAUGAGGAUGCCACCACUCCCUCAUCCUGCCCACCCGCCCCUCUGACAACUCAGAAACCUGGACCAACCAUCACGGAUGUCCCCUGGUGCCUGGCGCAGGGCUUGCUCAUGCCCGGUUUCUCCAUGCAUGUGGCUCUGCAGCAGGGACACCCUCUGCUGAGCAUCUCCCAGGCAGGGGACACAGGAGCCUGGCACAGCACAGCGAUGCUCCAGGGAGCGUGUGGCACCCCAAAAGCUUCACGCCUAUUAAACAACACUCUGUUGGCCCUGCUGGGCUGCA